AGCGAAGAGACAUGCCCUCUAAUCUAUAGUCUUGAAUGACACUGUGAACUCUGAUGUUGAUUGGCUAUUUUAUUUGGCUGGCCAAUAACAAAAGCCAACUACCUAGAAUAACAGACAGUGAUUCAUGGAAAGGCAUGGGAAAAUCACGUGCAGAAGCAGCAGAACGUACAGUUAGUCACAAGUUCUACUGCGUGGUAAAGGUAAAUAUAUAUGUGCAAUACGUAUGUACAAAUAAGAUUAUGAAAUGUGAAAUCUGUUUCGGCAUUAAGCAUAUGGAAAUCAUUUAAGCAUGGGAGUACUUGAACGAAUUCGCAGCAGUUGUUUAUCUUGUCUAUCUUGUUUUGGUUUGUCAACUCCACGCAGAAAUACCUAUCCUGACCAUGAUAUUCCUAAAGUGUUCGAACAAUCGGCGAGUAAUUACCGAACUAGAAGCAGUCGUUCCAGCAGCAGCCAACGAUAUUCGUCUAGAGCAACAAGACCUUCAUCUUCCUACUACUCACAAACUGCUAGAAAACCAACACAACCCCGAGAGGAACGUCUAAUCUUCACAGGCUCAAGUAGUUCUAUUGAGUGUACAUCGACCCGUACUGGGAAAACAUCGAGUGGUUCAGGAGUUGCAACGAAUAUUUCAACAGUACCCGUAAAUAAAAUACGAAGUAAGUCGACAAAUACUGGUCCUAGCGAAGUAACUCAGCGUGCCAUUAUUCAUCAUGCCAAACAACAACAUCAAGCUCGUCAAGUGAAACCACCACAAACACAGCCUGUUAAGUUAUCACAAGCAGAAUCAGUAAAACCACCACAAACACAGCUUAGUAAGUCCUCAGCAAAGUCAGUAAGGCCACCAGAAACACAGCCUGUUAAGUUAUCACAAGCAGAAUCAGUAAAACCACUACAAACACAGCUUAGUAAGUCCUCAACAAAGUCAGUAAGGCCACCACAAACACAGUCUGUUCAGUCCUCACCAGCAGUGUCAGUAAGACCAUCACAAACACCAGUGAAGAUUUCCUUGAGAAAUUUUACUUGUCAACUUAAAACUAGACCGAAAGAUCAAACCUUUAAACCUAAAGGUGAUACUAUAUACCAAAACCAAUGGACUGCAUGCAGUGCUGUUAUCAUUGAUCAGUUUGGCAAACAACUGUCCAAUUCUACACACACGAUAGGGCUAAGCAGCAAUUCUCGCGUAGAAUUUUGUGAUUACAAAGCUAAGGCUGGUCGUCUUCACUUUAAUAUGAAAUGCAGUGAAACAGGGAAUAUUUCAAUAUCUAUUAAGAUUGAUCAAUUUAAAUUUAUCAAAGAGUUGUACGUAACUUGCAGUCCGUGUUCCAGCAGUUUGUGUGAAAUGGUUGUCACGAAAAUUGAUUCGCCGCAUAUUAAUUCACUUGAAGAUGAAUGGGUAUAUCGACUGGCCAUUGUUGAUGUUUUUGGUGAGCCGAUACUUGCAGAUUCGCCUGAAAUCUACGAACUGGAAACCGCUUCACCAGGUGAAAAUAAGGUUGUACAAAAGCUUAUGUAUUCCAAGGACGGUAAGAAAUAUUUUGACAUAACUGUAAGGGGUGAGAGACCUUGGUCAAAAGAUCUUGUUCUUCUGCUUAAUGGAAAACCAAUCCCCCCAGUCACGGAAUUUGAAGUCUCUCACGAGGAAAGUGAGAAAAUUGCACCUUUUCUUGAGAAACACAAAAAUGUAUUAUUAGAAAGAGAUCAAGUUCCCAUUGAUGAUAUUGUUGAAUGUCUGGGCUCUCGUAUGUUUAUACCAUUUCUAACAGGCGACGAUGAUGGAAAGUUUGUCCCUUACAAUGGAAACAACUGUCAAAUACAGCGUCUUCCAGAUCGGAAUGGCUACCAACUGGUCUGUCAAAAUGCUAAAAAAUACGAUAUCUUGGGUGCAGAUUCUGCACACGUCAAUAACAUCAAAAGAGUUCUUCAACUUAAAGAUCGUGUUGAAAUCAACGAAUCAGCAGAUCAAACAAAUGUCAUCAUUGACCUCAGAAAUGUUCAAUCUCAUCGCCAUCCAUUUGGUAAAGAAGUUGUUCAACAUCUUCUUCGUGGUUUAUAUUACCGAAGGAAAGCUGCGGAAGUUGCCAAAGUUCGUAUGAAAUGGAAAAAGAGGUUUACUUCUCUUCAUAGAGUAUUACAACUGUCGUUAGGGAAUAGUCCAAGCUUAAAACUUUGUAAAGGUUUUAAAGAUUUCUUUGGCGGGUUAAUGAAUAAAUACAAUCGGGAUGCUUGCGAUGAACUGUUUAUGUUUUUCAAUUUCCAGCGAGACAAGAGUGAGGUAGAUCUUCACGGUUUACUUGUUGCUGAUGAAGAGAGAUUAGAGUUGCUGAGGUUGGAAAUGUUGCGUGGAUCGCUGAGUAAUGAAGAGAUCGAAGCAUUUUUUGGACAGUGCAAGAUGAAGAGUUUUAAAGGUCGGAAAAAGCAAGCUUUGAAGAACGAAUUGUUGAAAGGAGAAAUGCCCGAAGAUGAAAUUGAUGAUUUCAUAGAAUUAUGUCGAGAUGAUAUACACGAUGAAUUUCGUUUGGACGCCUUCGAACGAGAGUUGUUACAGAGACAGCGACAGAGCAAACAUGUGGAUGGCAUCAUAAAGCAGUGGAGAUCAGAAAGUGAUGAAGCUAUCCGGAAAUUGGAAAAAACAUUGGAGAAUUUUGAUCUUGAAGAAGCAAUCAAGCGUAACACACCAUGGCUUGAGAUUAUAGUUGGAGCUGGUCGUCACAGUAGAAGAAAGAAUGAACAAAAUAUCCGACCAAAAGUUGAGAAACUUCUCAAAGAAAGAAAUCUUCAGUUUGCUGCUGUGAACAAAGGAUCACUUGUAGUCACGUUUCAAACCUACAGAGGUCCCGAGCCUUGUUUCGGAGAAUAUUAUUGCGUGAAUUGUGACCGAUGUUGGAAAAGCAGUAAAAGUUAUGUCAUGAAAUAUCAGAAAUGUUCUCGAUGCCAAGUCAAUUGUUGGCCAGUCAAACAACGAGAAAAAGAGAAAGUCGAAAAUUACCAGCGUGAUGGUGCUAGGUCGGAGAAACGUCAGCGAGGUCCUCAUCAAACAAGUCUUUGCCAGAAAUGUCAGGAGUUAGGAUAUCCUUGCAACGAAGAUGAUUACUAUGACUCUGAUUCUGAUUACUGAACAGCGUCACUCAGGAAACAAAACUAUUUUAUGUCAAGAUUCAACUUUUUAAUAAGUAUCAAUGAUUAUACCAGAACAGAAAACGGUGUUUAAUAUUCAUCGAAUCCUAAAUUAGCCUUUUUCAAAUCUUCCUCAGAAUGCGCGUCAAACAGUGGAAAAUUUGAUUGCACAUUAAGUCAGGUUUGCAACAGUAAAACAUACUUGACUGUAGUUUUGUUACAUACACAUAUAUUAAAGCUACAAUCCUGGACAAAACCAUCUGCGACACUCUAUUAAAACAUUCCUUUGUGGCUUUUCUUACCAGUUAGAUCGGAACACGGUUAAUAUUAACCGUGAUCGGAAUAAUUUACUCGUUUGCACCCCUCCACCCCCCAAAACAAUGUUGGACGUUUUACCUGUAUUCUACGAAUGCAAUCAACAUUGAUUGGUGGGGGUAAGGGGGAGGUUUUCUAAAUUUACGAUAAUAUUACGACAUUUUGUCAAGUAAUUGGAAGUGUCGCAGAUGUUUUGUCCAGGAUUGUAGGCCAUGUUACUACCAGUGUUGACAGUGCCAAUAAUAAGAAAGCUGCGUAUUGAUAGAGAUACUUGAAAAAUAUAAGGAGCCUUCGACAUUUCGAGCGAAGUGGAGGGCAAAGACAUUUAAGUCCCUCCAACUAAAA